ACGGGCAAAGGAGAUCCUAAGAAGCCAAGAGGCAAAAUGUCAUCACAUGCUUUCUUUGUGCAAACCUGCCAGGAGGAUCACAACAAGAAGAAGAAGCACCCAGAUGUUUCAGUUAACUUCUCAGAGUUUUCUAAGAAGUGCUCAGAGAGGUGGAAGACCAUGUCUGCUAAGGAGGAAGGAAAAUUUGAAGACAUGGCAAAGGUAGACAAGGCCUGUUAUGAGCAAGAAAUUAAAACUUACAUCCCUCCUAAAGGGGAAACAAAAAAGUUCAAGGAUCCCAAUGCACCCAAGAGGCCACCUUCGGCCUUUUUCUUGUUUUGUUCUGAGUAUCGCCCCAAAAUCAAAGGAGAGCAUCCUGGCCUACCCAUUGGUGAUGCUGCAAAGAAGCUGGGAGAGAUGUGGAAUCACACUGUUUCAGGUGACAAGCAGCCUUAUGAAAAGGCUGCUAAGCUGAAGGAGAAAUAUAAAAAGAAGAUUGCUGCAUACCGAGCUAAAGGAGAGCCUGAUGCUGCCAAAAAGGGAGUUGUCAAGGCUGAAAAAAGCAAGAAGAAGGAAAAGGAAGAAGACGAGGAAGAUGAGGAGGAGGAAGAGGAGAAAGAUGAAGAUGAAGAUGAUGGUGAUGAAUAA